CCCAGAAGAAAGACCCACCGAUUCAUCGCCAUGUCUAAGAUUGGACUAGCAGUAUUUAUUGUAGCCCUCACCCUGGUGCGCUCCGAGCCUCCGGUGAACUCGUAUUUACCACCAGGUAACGGUGGUCCUGGAGGCGGUAACGGCGGGGGUGGCGGUGGACCACCAUCGGACGCUUACGGACCACCUGGUUUUGAUGGUCAGAACGGGAUCGGUGGAGGUGAUGGCGGUUUGUCGAACAGUUACGGAGUACCCACCGGUGGAAACGGAUACAACGGUGGUGGCUCUGGUAGACCUGGAGCGAACGGUGGGAGGAACGGCGGCGGGAGAGGAAACGGUUUCGGUGGCGGACAACCUUCUAGCUCUUAUGGAGCACCGUCCAAUGGAUUCGGUGGAAAUGGAGGAGCCGGAAGACCGUCGAGCAGCUACGGCGCGCCUGGUGCAGGCAAUGGUGGUGGCAACGGGAAGAACGGAUUCGGUGGCCGACCGUCGAGCAGCUACGGUACUCCAGAAAGUGGAAAUGGUUUUGGUGGUGGUAACGGAGGUGCACCUCCUUCGGGACUUUACGGGCCUCCAGGCAGGAACGGAAACGGAGGUAACGGACGACCUUCGGGAACCUAUGGAAGACCAUCAGAUAGUUAUGGAACACCUGACCGAAACGGAGGAGGAAGACCAUCGGGACUUUAUGGACCGCCUGGCAGAAAUGGUGGCGGAAAUGGAGGAUAUAAUGGUGGUAACGGUGGCAAUGGUGGUUUCGGAACGAAUGGAUACCCGUCCGGAGGUCCGAACGGAGGGAACGGUGGAUAUCCGUCAGGAGGACCAGGUGGAAACGGAGGGAACGGUGGUUACCCCUCCGGAGGUCCAAACGGAGGGAACGACUCUGGUUAUCCCUCCGGGGGACCGGGUGGAAAUGGGGGCGGCAAUGGCGGUUACGGCACCAAUGGAGAUGAUGAAAGCAACGAACCGGCGAAAUACGAAUUCUCUUAUGAAGUCAAAGAUGACCAAUCUGGAGCUGAUUUUGGUCAUACGGAGAGUAGAGACGGUGAUCGCGCGCAGGGAGAAUUUAACGUUCUGCUUCCCGAUGGUAGAAAACAGAUCGUUGAAUACGAAGCUGAUCAAGAUGGAUUUAAACCUCAAAUUCGAUACGAAGGUGAAGCGAACAACGGAUAUGGUUCUGGUGGGCCAGGAGGCAAUGGUGGAGAUGGGGGAUAUCCCAGUGGCCCUAACGGUGGUGGAUCAGGUGGCAAUGGUUAUCCGUCGGGAAGUCCAGGCGGUGGAUCCGGCUUCAACGAUGGAGGAUAUCCAUCCGGUAGACCAGGUGGUGACAAUGGUGGUCAGAGAAACGGAAAUAACGGUGGCAAUGGCAACGGAGGAUACCCAUCCGGAAACGGCGGUGAUGCAGCGGCCAACGGAGGAUAUCAAUACUAAACUUUUAUCUAGGUAUAGUGAUAUAUACAUAUAUCGCGUGUACUACAAAAAGGGAAUAUAUAGGGUAAUGUUUAUUACAACGCGUAGGGUAGUUUCUGUCUGGAACAGUAAAAACGCGGCAGUAAUCACGGACGAUAAUACUUUCAGCACGAUUGAAUUCUUAUGUCGAUGCUUAAUAUAUUUAAUCGCUUUAGGACAUUUUCAAUCGGACGAAUCGAAGUUAAAGAUACGCUUACUCGUUUCACCAUUGAAAACGAGUACACUCCUUUGCAAUGCUUCGUUUGUUUCAGACGUUGUAUCCUUCCUACUAUAAAAAGCGUAACUAUACACAUACGAUAAACAUAAAGACCUCAACCUUCAACUCUUUUUAGAAAUAAUAACGACACUGUUAGGUAUCGACUGCAUGCACUUUUAUGAUAUUCGUUCGUAUUGGAAUACGAACGUUGCAGCGAUACUAACAGUAUCGUUCAACUAACUUAGCAAACGCACAGUGUCAUUUUAUAUAAUCAAUUCCUUUUUCAAUCUAUUUAAUAAGACCCUUGAACCAAUUGACGUUAUAUGUACUAUUUGCAUUGUUAUGCGAGUCUAGCAAUUGUGGAGUUCUUUAACGGAACUAUAGAAACGAUAAUCUUCUUCAAACAUCGAACGAUUUUACAACCAUCAUGAAAUGUAUACUAAUCUUUAACGUUUGUUAAGAUGCAUCUUUUUGUAUUUAUUACUAUUUAUCACACUAUAUUUAUAUUUUAACGAUGUUUAAAAUGUAGCUGUAGAAAUGAACGUCCGCAUAAAUAAAAACUGCGGUAGGCCAUAAUGUGUUCAGUUUUUCACUCACACCUUUCAUGCUGUACAAAGGUAUAAUCGUACGUUACCGUAUAUAAUAGGUAGUUAAAUAUACGAUGAAGGA